UUGAUUGAUCGUGGCCAUCCCCUUGAGAAACUACAUUUCGCCAGUACGAGUUAUGAUUAGGUUUGUGCGCACUUCAAAUUAAUGAUGGUGUUCCUGAAAAGCUGUAUCCCUUAUAGACAAACCGGUUGAUGUUUGAGUUUCCGACUUCAAAUUACGAGUUGGAUGACCGUUCAAAACUAUUUUCCCAGUUGAAGUUCAUUUUUAUCAUUGUUUCCAGUUGUUUUGAACGCACUGAAGUCGGAGAUUUCCGAAUUCCGGGAUGUUUUGAACAAACCAAGUAGCCUAGCCUAUUCCGAUUUGACGUUUGAGUUGCGAGUGCGACACCACUCUGAGUUGAACUGGCAGUCCAAACUUCAUGUAAGGUCAACAAUUUAAAUCAUUUAUUUGACAUAAUUGCGUUUACUUUCAUAUUCGUUCUCUCUCAGUCCUUUUAUUUAUUUGUGGCCUUGUAACGUUACCUGCAGUAUAUGUUUAUGGCUUGAGUAGGCUAAACAGAGUAAAACAAUUUCGAAUAAGUUAAUAGGAAAGGGGGACACCAAGUCAGUUGUAUAAUGGAAUGCAUUCAACUGAAAUGUGUCUUUCGCAUUUAACCCAACCCCUCUGAAUCAGAGUUGCGGGGGCUGCCUUAAAUCGAUUUCCAAGUCUUCGGCGCCCGGGGUUCAGCGGGUUAACUGCCUUGCUCAGGGUCAGAACGAGAUUUUUACCUUGUCAGCUCGGGGAUCCUUUCGGUUACUGGCUCAACGCUCUAAUCACUAGGCUACCUGCCGUAACGUAUUGAGUUAUAAGUGUAUGUUUGACGAUUUUAUAAACGCUAUAAAUCUUCUGAAAAAAAAUAGCCCUAUGUUAAAUAUGAGGGCCAGGUCGGUAGGAAACCUAUAAAUUACACAACAAAUUUAAAAUGAAAGUCAGACUUUGUCAAAAGGUUUUGCGAACAUAACAAAGUCAGUAGUGUUGGACAUACAAUACUAAAAACACCAUAACAUAAUCUCCAAGUGAUUUACAUUUUGUAAAUCUGUUCCAAAGUAUUUCCCCGCAUAAUAGAGAGAUAUAGGCUACAAUAUGUGAUCGUAUACAAAAGUAGGCAAGGUUUGAAAUUCUAAUGUUUAAGUAAAAUAUUAUAUCUGAACCUGUCAAUUUUCAGUAUACAAAUGAUUUGUAAUCAUGUUCCGGCCCCCUGACCAAAAAUCUGCCAUGGCGGAAUCUAGUUUAUGAUCCCUGACCUCGGUCAUAGUACAUCAGAAUGCAUAACCAUGAUGGUGUAUGCUAAUUACAUUUUUAUGUAAUAUAAAAUUGUUGACCUUCUUGGACAAUGUGUGCUGCUAAAGAAGAGAUAUAGCCUAAGGGUUCAGUUAACAACAUAAAUUAAGGUUUAAGUGAGUUGCACCUGCUGCUUAGUUCAAACCUUACAUUUUUUAUGGCCAUCUUGGCCUGCUUGUUUUCAUUUAGCUAUAUUUCCCAUUUCAGAGGUCAAUGGAAAGCGGCAAAAGUGCAGGCACAUGUUUCCCAGGAACAGGUAGAGUAAAGUGAGAGAGAGAAAGAAGAGCUGGUCAUGGAGAUAGAGCAACUGAAAGAGCAGCAUGAGACUCUAAGAAGUGUCCUGAAGGAGCAACAGCAAGAGAUUGAUCGCCUCAAGUUGUCCUUGGAGGGUCGUCACUGCCAUGAGUGGUUCCCUGGCAUCACCCAGGAUGAGCUGGGGCUGCAUGAGGACAGCCACAGACUGUGUCCCUACUGCACCCUCAUCUGUGACGGAGUGGAGCAGACUGUAUUUGAAGACCACGUCUUCAGCCAUGAGGUUUGCUCCACCACAGGAUCAGAUAGGAUCCCCUGAAGAGUGGAGAAAGAGAGAGAAGACAUUCCUACUGAAUCUGUGUCUUCAAGCAGCCCUCCAUGAGAGAGAAACCAUACAAACAACUGUAGAGAAAGUGUUGUCACUGUCUGAAGUUUAUCAGGGUCGGAAAUGGGAUCUCCUGCUGGAUCUGUACUCUCAUGUGGAGGACUAUGAGACUCAAACAGGCAGGAGUGUCCUUCCAGCAUUACAGCCAGUUUACCAGUCAGCUCCUGCAGUCUGGUCCAUAGAUCUCUCAGAGAGAAAGGUCUCCCUCCUCCUAGAAGUGCUGAAACUCCAACCAGAGAAGAAAUCAAUAGAGCUGAAAGGCUGGUCAGAUGAAGAGAUUGAAGUGAGGAGUUUCCUUCAGUGUCUGCCCUACAUCUCACAGCUGAGCUGUGAUUCUGACAGGUUCUUCCAGCGUGUGUGUGAAUCCAUCCCUGUGAGGUCCAGAGAGGAUGCCCAGCAGUUGGCCUCUGUCCUCCAGGCCUUGGGCUCCACCCUGUCACUGGGAGAUCAGUUACCCAGGAAAACCUGCAGGUCUGUGGUGAGAGUGCUUGGCCUCUGUGCCUCCAGAGUGGACCUCACUCUCACCCCCAGCAAGAUCUCUCUGAAAGGAGCCUCGCUUCUCUUCACACAUGUGUUACAGCUACACAAGCUCAGGUAUGCUGAAUGUGGGCAUGGCAGUGAGACUAGGAGGACAGGGAGAGGGGGUUCUCCACUGACUGUCCCAGAGCUCUCCCUGGUCCUAAAGAGCAGCCAGCCACCAGAGAGAGUGUUAUCCAGGGCUCUGAGUAGUGUGGCGUCCCUGCUGAGACUCUGGACGGUGCAGUGUCUGGACCUGACUGACUUCUGCAUUCAGGGUCACUCUGUCAUCACACUGCUGUGUCACCAAGGCCCUCUCACUCUCAGACUGCACUCAGACACUCUGCAGCAGAUGGCUGUAGUUGUGUAUGAAGCUCAGGACAAGGACUUGACCCCGUGGUUCCUGGAGAAGGUUGGUGGAGACCUGACCUCCUGUAGGCUGGACUGGGAGGUGCUUCUCUCUCUGCUGCAGCAUUCAACCCACAACAUCACAGUGGACCUCAGGAAGAACAGGCUUCUAGAGAAGAACAUCUUAGAUCUUCUCCCCUUUCUGGGAAGGGUUAUAUUCAAGAGGCUCAGUUCCAGCUUUGUGAAGUCCACCAUCAGACAGAUCUAUGACAGUAGAGCCAGUGACUGUGUGUCCAGUUUGUUGAGGUCUUCAGACCAUUGGAUCAACCUGAACAGCAGAGAGCUGGACAGAGUGGACUGUACUGUGCUGUGUUUCACCCUGCAGCACAGCCACCAAGUCAAAGUCAACCUGCUGUGGACCUCCAUACCACCGGGGGAGAUAGAGAGCAUCCUGCCUCUUCUGGACAGAGUCUCCCAACUCAGUGUUGACAGGAUACUGUUGCUGAGUUUCCUCCACUCCUGCUCUGCCUCUCAGAUCCUGCAGGGGGCACUAUCACCACCUUCAGCAAUAACAACAGCAGCAGCAGAGCUGCUCAGGGCUCUGCAGCACAGGUUGGACUUCUCCUGCUCCUCCUUUGUGGACCUGUCAGCUCACGACCAGGGGGAGGCGCUGUGUCUGACCACUGACAACUGUAGGGCCAUAAACUCUGUUCUGAAGCAGAGCCAGCACAGCACACAGCUGGUUCAGAACCCGACCCAGAACCAGUCCCGAAACCAGCCCCAGGUGCAGCUCAUCCUUAAAGACUGUGAGGUGGAGCACGGAGCACUGAGAGAGCUGCUUCCCAUGCUGCAUAUUGUCAAGCUGAGCCCCAGCAAAGCUCUGCUACUUCAGCUGGUGGACCAUGUGUGUGAGGGGAUUGAAGAGGGGGUGCUGAGGCACGCAGUGUCCCUGUGCAGAGCCCUGGAUGGGGAGCUGGACCUCAGUGAGACCAGGCUGAACCAAAAGGCCUGUGGAUCUCUGGCCCUGGUUCUGGAACACUCAGAGGGGCUAUCAGAACUGGACCUCAGCCACUGCCAACUCACAGACCGCCAUCUACAGCCCCUGCUCACACACCUGCACAAAGUUGAAGUCCUUGACCUGAGUCACAAUGACAUCACUGAUUCUCUGACCGCCAGAAUUCUCCAACUGGUCUCCACCAACACUUCAAUCCGCACCGUACGGCUCUUCAGCAACACAAUCAAGGACUGAAGUCCGUUCCUGACAGACAAGAGGUUUGAGAUCUGGUGAAGCAGCAUCAGGUCCAAGUCCAGACAGAGGAAGCGAAGAUGGAUGUUGAAGAGGUAGAGGAAGCGAAAAUGGAUGUUGAAGAUGGGUGUAGUAGCUACGAAGCCUUAUCUCAUCAACCUUAAACUGGACACUAAACGUAUCCUAAUUUUAACCAAUUCUUAAAUAUAGAAUGAAAGCCACAUCCCCUUAGUUUUUAGCCACAUCCCCUUAGUUUUUAGCCAC